GUGUGGGCUUACCGUACAAGGACCUCCACGACAUGAUGGCCGAGGGAUUCACUCUCUUCUAUGAAGAACACAGUUGGGCAGAUGGAACAUCUCGAUUUUGCUUCUUGAGUUUAAUAUAUGGUCCGCGGAGGUGCAGUUACUAUAAAUCCAAUAGUUCCAUGGAAGCGGCACUUGCGCUAUAUGCACUUCCUCAUCUCUCCUUUUUCUUAGCCCAUUUCGUCGCAGCAAAAUUCAUACUUGGAGCUCCAUGUGUAUUGAUAUUUCUAAUCUAUAAGUGGAUGAGAAGGCACCUUGCAGCAGACGGAAACAUCGAAGAGUUCCUUCAAGCUCAUAACAACUUUUUGCCCAUAAGGUACUCUUACUCGGACAUCAAGAAAAUCACCAGAAAUUUCAGACACAAAUUAGGUGGAGGAUAUGGCUCUGUGUACAAAGGAGUACUUAGAAGUGGCAAUGAAGUUGCCGUUAAGAUUUUGAACAAACCAAAAUCUAACGGCCAAGAUUUUAUAAGUGAAGUGGCUAUUGUUGGAAGGAUCCACCAUGUUAACGUGGUGCAACUUGUUGGUUUUUGCUUUAACAACUCUAAGCAAGCUCUCGUGUACGAUUUCAUGUCGAACAGAUCUUUGGAUAAACACCUUUUCUCGAAAGAUGGAAAUGAUUCUCUUGACUAUAAGAAAAGAUAUGAGAUAUCUUUUCGUGUGGCUAGGGGGAUAGAAUAUUUACAUCGGGGAUGCGACAUGCAAAUUCUACACUUUGACAUCAAGCCUCACAAUAUUCUUCUAGAUCAAAAUUUCAUUCCGAAAGUUUCUAACUUCGGGCUUGCAAGACUUUAUCCUACGGACUACAACAUAGUGUCAUUGACCGCUGCAAGAGGAAGCUUGGGAUACAUGGCGCCUGAGCUAUUCUACAGGGACAUUGGUGGUGUCUCAUAUAAAGCUGAUGUUUAUAGUUUUGGGAUGUUGCUGAUGGAAAUGGCUGGUAGAAGGAGAAAUAUAAAUGCACAUGCAGAACAUUCAAGUCAAAUUUAUUUCCUUUUGUGGGUGUAUGAUCAACUCAGCAAAGGGAACGAGGUGGAAAUCGAGGAAGUAGAAGGGGAAAAGGAGAUAACGAGGAAGAUGAUAAUAGUUGGCCUCUGGUGCAUACAGUUUAUCCCUGAUGACUGGCCAUCGAUGAGGAGGGUGCUAAACUUGCUUGAAGGUGAUAUUGAUAAUCUGCAACUACCUCCGAAACUGCGUUUGUAUCCGUCCGAGAAGCCAGUUGAUGACGUGGACGCUGAAUAG